AUGUUGGAUCCUUCUGAGAAUGAAUAUGUGACAUGGUUUCCUUGCGUGCUAAAAGACUGGAUUGGUUCUGGUUAUAUGGAACAGUCUGUGAGCUCUGUACUUCAGCCUCUGCUUUUAUUAUUAGUAUUUCUACUGCUUAUAUAUUGUUUAGCUUUAGGCAUUUUAAUUUGCUAUGCUUGCACAUUUUAUUUAUAUAUUUGGAAGAAACAGUAUAACAUACAUGGAGAUAUUUGUAAUGAAUUGUGGAGCAAACCAAGGCGAAUAAUGGCAAAUAUUUUGGAUUUAUAUGGGAAAAUAUGGCAUGGUUAUGAGAUCAUUGGCAUGGAGCACCUACCAGAAGGACCAGGGUUGAUUGUUUUUUACCAUGGAGCAAUGGUUUUUGACUUUGCCUUCUUUGUAGCUAAAUUCUAUGCAAACACUGGGAGACUAGUCCAUUCUGUGAUUCAUUGUUUCUUUCAUUUAAUACCAGGUAUAAAACUGUUUUUUAAGGUAACAGGUUGCAUAGAAGGCAACCAAGCAAACUGUGUUGAGCUUCUGAAGAAAGGCCACUUAGUAGGAAUAGCACCUGGUGGAUUGAGAGAACAAAAUUUUAGUGAUGAAAACUACAAUCUGGAGUGGGGUACCCGUACAGGAUUUGCUCAAGUGGCUUUAAAAAGCAAAGUGCCAAUCAUCCCUUUGUUUACGCAAAAUCUCCGCGAAGCGUACAGGACAGUUGGAAAGACACGGCUAUCAAGAUGGCUGUAUGAACAUUUUAAAUUGCUUGUCCUUCCAAUCUAUGGUGGGUUUCCAGUCAAACUCCGCACCUAUAUUGGAGAACCCAUCCCAUAUGACCCAAACGUAACUGCUAAGGAGCUGGCUGAAAAAACAAAGAUUGCAAUGGAAAAUCUUCGAGACAGAUACCAGAAACGACCUGGAAAUAUAUUAAGAGCUUUAUUGGAGCGAUUUGAUAAAAAUGAGAAAGAUGCCUAGGCUUUACAUAUUUUGUUAUAGAUGAAUGACUUUUCCUGUC